UGUUUAAUGUUAUCAUAUGGGUGGAGCUCCAGGCUGGCUCCGCCUGUUUUUGAAAAUGGCGGCCUAUUGAAUGUUAUCACAACUAGAGUGACAGUAAAAGAUGACUCGUAAGUCAGUGAAGAGUAAUGAUGGGACAUCACAGUCAGAGACUAGAGACUACAUGAGACUGAAGACACUAACUGAAGAAUUCAUCAAGAGUGGCUGUAGUGAUUAUGAUGAAGGACUGGAUGAUGUCCUUAUUGAUAUAUCAAAAACUGGAAUAGUUAGGAUGCCAUGGAAGCUAUUAAAACCUCUCAUGCUGUACAAAAUGGACAAAUGUUUAAGUGAAUCGUUUGAUUCUACUAAAACGGAACAAGAUAUGGAAAAGAAACUGAAAGAAAUGAUGGACACAUUUGAAGGUCCUCCGUUCACAGUACAAAGAUUAUGUGAGUUGUUACUGGAUCCUCUCAGACACUACAAGAGGAAGGACAGAUACAUGAGAGCUUUAGAGAAGAAUCUUUUAGUAAUCAGUACACAAGAACCAGACCUUGUAUGGAUGAAAGUACCAAAAUUAUCACAGUUAUUAGAGUUAAAGUCCAAGCCAACAAUAGAAGACACUGCAGCAGUGAUACAGCCCCCAGAGACAAUGCUGGUAGUAAAGGAACCUGCAAUGAUGAGAAGAACUCCUCCUCUUAGGGACACGCCUCCAGGUAGCCCCGCCCAAAUCCUUCAGCGACUAUCACCUCGUUCUCUGACCCCUCCCCCUGAUAUUGACCAGAGUGCAAGGAAUUUGGAUGGUUUUGUCAUGGACAGUCGACUAUCCCACGAGCCUUCAUACUUCUCUAGGAAACGUAGCUCUAGUUUCCGUAGCAACGGAAGUGGGAGUGUCAGUGGGCAAGAGGUGGAGCUUCAAGAGGCUGACUCUACAGUAUCUGAUCCUCUGAUGUCACAUGACCUCACGAAUAAGAAAACGUGUUCUGACGAAAGCGAAGAGGCGAUAAUUAUCGGAGAACUAUUAAGUCGAGUUGGUGGUACGCCUAAAGGUCAGUCUUCCAAGCCGACAGAGGAGGUUGAGAUUGAUAAAUCUAAAGAGGAGGAGGAGGAGGAAGGAGAAGGAUCACAUGAGAGUCACGUGACUGUAGGGUCAACCCCUCCAACUGAAACAGAUGAAGGUCAGACUAGUCAUUCGGUGGCUGAAGAAAUGGAAGUUAACUAAUGAUCAAUCACUCUCUCUCACUCUUUAGACUUUUUACU